AUGAUUGUAGAUCAGAAGCCAGACUUUGUGGGACUCUCUGAGACCAUAAAGCAAGACUUCACAAAAAAUGAAUUGCACAAUUUGUGUGGAGGGAGGAACUUCCAAUGGAGUUGGAACCCACCCAGAGGCAUGUCAGGGGGGAUUCUGAUGGGAGUUAAUAAAGAUAUGUUUAAUGCGGAAAUUAUUGAAAAAGGACAGUAUUUUUUGAGAAUGUUAGUAUUUGAUAAGAAUAUCAAAAUGCAUUGGAAUUUGGUUAGUGUGUAUGGGGAUGCCCAGAAGGAAGGGAAAGCUAGCUUCCUAGCUGAAUUGGCAAGAUUAUAUCAUGAUAAUCCUCUGCCUUGCUUGGUAGGGGGAGAUUUUAACAUUAUCAGAAAUGGGAAGGAGAAAAACAAGCCUAUGCUUAAUGAACAAUGGUCCUUUAUGUUUAAUGCUAUUAUUGAGCAAGCAGGGUUAAGGGAGCUGCCUUUGAAUGGAAGGCAGUACACCUGGGCUAAUAAUCAGGAGGACCCUACUUUUGAGAAGUUGGAUAGAGUUUUGAUGUGCCCUGCUUGGGAGGAAAAAUACCCAUUUACCAUAUUGCAGGCCUUUGCUAGAGAGGUAUCUGAUCAUACCCCCUUGUUCCUGGAUACAGGGGAGACUCGUGAUCACAAUGAUGCCCUGGAGCAUGAUCUGGUUAAGGGGGUGCUGAAUGGAAAUGGAGAAAAAGGGGUUAAUAUGUUACAAUAUGUUGAUGAUACUAUCUUCUUGAUCAAGGAUGAGGUGGAAAGUGUUAAAAAUCUUAAACUUAUACUUGGGGCUUUUGAGCAGAUGUCUGGGCUCAAAAUAAAUUUUCAUAAAAGUGAAUUGCUAUUAUUUGGCAAAGCUAGAGAAAAACAAUCGACCUAUCAGGAUAUCCUAACGUGUAAGAUGGGAGACUUGCCCAUUAGGUACCUGGGGAUGCCUGUUUCUGAUAAUAGAGUUGGGAACUCACACUGGGAAUGUGUGACAAAUAAAAUUGAGAAAAAAAAUACUAGGUUCUGGGAAGAUACCUGGGUGGAUGAUAAACCUUUGAAAGAGGCUUACCCUAGGCUGUAUGAUAUAUGCUUUGACCACAACAUUACUGUGGAAGAGGCUAUACAGAAAGGGUGGGGGGGGGGGUUCAAAUUUAGAAGAACAUUGCAUGGGGAAACUUUAGGGCUUUGGAAUUGUUUGAAAAAAAGAUGUGAGGAAAUUCAUUUGCAGGGAGGGGCGGACCAAGUUCUCUCGACCCUAACUGCAGAUCAUAAGUUUUAUGUGGGGUCCUUAUAUAGGAAAUUGAUAGCAGUUGGGAUAAACUUCCCACAGAAAUACUUAUGGAAAACAAAGUUGCCUGAGAAACUGAAAGUGUUUCUUUGGUGGUUGACUGACUGGUCCGUCCUGCAGAUAAAGGAGUCGUCAAGAAAAACUUUGGAGCUGGGAGCAAGGGUGCUAGAACAGGCAGCAAAUGAGGUGUUCACUGCUAAGCAGGGAUGGAGGAUCAAUGUGGCAAGGCUGGAAUGA